AUGCGAGCUCCGAUCUCCGGACUGCUAUCUAGAUCCAUCGCUCUCCUCCACGUCACUCGUCCUCUAAUCUCCGCCACUCGUCCCCUAUGCGCCGUCGCGUCUCCCGAAGCUAGGACGAAGAAGCUCGAGCGAAUCGCCGACGACUUGCUCAAACUCAACAGGAUCGAGCUCUACGACUACUCGAUCCUCUUCAGCCACAAACUCGGCCUCAAUCGCUACGGUUCCGCCGUUUCCUCCCCCGCCGGAGAUCUCCCCGCCGACGGAUCCGCCUCUGGUGAGACGAAAGCCGCGGAGAAGACGGCGUUCGAUGUGAAGCUGGAGAAGUUCGAAGCGGCGUCGAAGAUUAAAGUGAUUAAGGAGAUAAGAGCGUUCACGGAGCUGGGGCUGAAAGAAGCUAAGGAGCUUGUUGAGAAAGCUCCUGUGGUUGUCAAGACUGGUCUUACUAAGGAAGAUGCUGAGAAGAUUAUGGAGAAGCUUAAAGCGGUUGGUGCUACUGUUGCUUUGGAAUAG